AUGGCAGCCUCCGCACUUCUUAGGAGCAGAGUCAGGCGGCCGUCCUACCUGCAGAAGCUCGCAAAGGCCGAGGACCUCAUCGACCUGUUCCCUCACAACUCGUACAUCGGCUGGUCCGGCUUCACCGGCGUUGGCUACCCCAAGAAGGUUCCUACGGCUUUGGCCGACCACGUUGAGAAGAAUGGCCUCGAGGGCAAGCUCAAGUACAACCUGUUCGUUGGCGCGUCGUCUGGCGCGGAGACGGAGAACCGGUGGGCGCGGCUUAACAUGAUUGAGCGCCGCAGCCCUCACCAGGUCGGCAAGGAGAUCGCCAAGGGCAUCAACAACGGCAACAUCAACUUUUUCGACAAGCAUUUGUCCAUGUUCCCCGUCGACCUGAUGUACGGCUACUACACGCUCAACAAGCCGAACAACAAGCUGGAUGUGACCAUCGUCGAGGCUUCGGCCAUCACUGAGGACGGUGGCAUCAUCCCCGGUGCUAGCGUGGGCGCCAGCCCUGAACUGAUCCAGAUGGCCGACAAGAUCAUCAUCGAAGUUAACACUGCUGCGCCCUCGUUCGAAGGCCUGCACGACAUCACCAUGACCGAUCUGCCGCCGCGCCGCAAGCCCUACCUGAUCAUGGCCCCCGAGGACCGCAUCGGUACGCCUCACAUCCCUGUUGACCCGGAAAAGGUUGUCGCUAUCGUCGAGUCCGACUACCCCGACCAGACCCAACCCAACUCGCCUGAGGACGAGAGCUCCCGCAAGAUUGCCCAGCACUUGAUUGAGUUCCUCAAGCACGAGGUCAACCACGGCAGGCUGCCCCAGAACCUCCUGCCCAUCCAGUCGGGUAUCGGUAACAUUGCCAACGCUGUCGUUGGUGGUCUUUCUUCCGGUGGUGCAGACUUCAAGAACCUGAAGGUCUGGACCGAGGUGCUUCAGGACUCUUUCCUCGAUCUCUUCGACAGCGGCAAUCUGGACUUCGCGACGGCCACUUCGAUCCGCUUCUCGCCCGAUGGCUUCAAGCGCUUCUACGAUAACUGGGAGCGUUACGCGCCUAAGCUGCUGCUGCGCUCGCAGCAGGUGUCCAACUCGCCCGAGAUCAUCCGUCGCCUGGGCGUCAUUGGCAUGAACACGCCGGUCGAAGUCGACAUCUACGCGCACGCCAACUCGACGUGCGUCAUGGGCAGCCGUAUGCUGAAUGGCCUCGGCGGCUCGGCCGACUUCCUGCGCAGCGCCAAGUACUCGAUCAUGCACACUCCCAGCACUCGUCCCAGCAAGACCGACCCCACUGGUGUCAGCUGCAUCGUCCCCAUGUGCACGCACGUUGACCAGACCGAGCACGACCUGGAUGUCGUUGUCACUGAGCAGGGUCUCGCCGACGUCCGCGGCCUGUCGCCCAAGGAGCGUGCGCGCGUCAUCAUCGAGAAGUGCUCGCACCCUGACUACAAGCCGAUCCUGCAGGACUACUUUGCCAAGGCCGAGUACGAGUGCCUACGCAAGGGCAUGGGCCACGAGCCGCACCUGCUGUUCCAGGCCUUCAACAUGCACAAGAACCUCCAGGAGAACGGCACGAUGAAGAUCAAGAGCUGGGACUAA